AUGAUCACCAAGGCGUGUCUCAUUCCCAAGUACCCCGAAUCCAAGCACAAGCUGCGGCGACUCGACCCGAUCGAAUCCGCCGAGCUCAUGCUCUUUUGGAUCCAACGCCGCCAAGACCACGUGACGCGGCAGCGCCUUGAAGAGCUCGCGCUCUCGGACGAGACGUUUGUCGAGAGCGAGCUGCAGCAAGACUUUGCGCUGCUCUCGCUGCAGCCAUCGUCGAGUCCCCGCCACGUGCGCGAACUGGCCACGCACCCGAUCCUGUUGGCGGCCAACGGCAACCCGCAGGCCAUCGUCCGCCUCGCGAUCCAGGCAACGACGCAAUCCUAGAGUGUAUUCCAAAGGAACAGG